AUGGAAAUAAUUCAAAUUCAUAUGAUUUUUAUGGUUCAACAUUCAUCUCAUACACUUUUAAAACAAAAUGGUUUUACUCAACAAGUUUAUCUUAAAUAUAAACAAGAAUGUCUUGAUGAAAAACAUUUUCGUCAACAUGUAUUUGAAGAUUUUCAACAAGAAACCCUUUGUGAUCAUGAAGCUGGUCAAUUAUAUGGCUUAGAAAAAUUCUGGACAUUUUUAAAAUAUUCUCGACAAAAACCAAAAAUCAAUCCAAAACUUGAAGAAAUUUUAAAAAACUAUAAAAAUCUUGAAGAUUUUCGUGUUGAUGGUGUAUCGUUUCCACAACAAUUUUUUCCAACAAAAUCAAAUUAUAAAGAAUUUAGUGUUUUACGAAGAAUUGGUAUUGGUUUAGCUAUUGUUGAUGAUGUGAUUAAUUUUGAUGGUGGUCAUCGAACUGUUAUUUUUUAUCGUUUUCAAGGUGUUAAACUAGAUGUUAUUGAAGAAGGAACUCAUUUUAUGAUUUCAUGGCUUCAUAGACCAAUUAUAUUUGAUAUUCGUACACGACCACGAUCUGUUCCAUCAAUAACAGAAAUAAAAGAUUUACAAACAAUUAAUGUAACAUUACGUAUUCUUUAUCGACCAAGAGCUGAACUUUUACCAAAAAUUUUUUACAAACUUGGUGAAUUAUUAAUAGAACGUGCUGCUCAAUUUGGUUUAUUACUUGAUGAUAUUUCAAGUACACAUUUAAGUUUUAGAUUUGAAUUUACAAGUGCUGUUGAAUUAAAACUAGUUGCACAACAAGAUGUUGGAAAACAACGAUUUUUAGUCGAAAAAGUAAAUCAAUAA